AUGACUCCAUCAAUGGCUAAUGAGUCACAACCGAUGUUAGAUAAUUUUCAUUUUGGUGAAAAUAAUCAUCUAAGUUAGCCACUACAAUAGAAAAGUCUUAGUAAAAACAGACAAUAUUUGAGAAAAUAGAGCUCUGGCAGAAGGUUCAAUAAGGAGCAAAUUCAAGCUUUAGCAUACUGCCAGGAUGCUAUAGUAGAAGAGGAUUCUUAGAACAUGAUAAUAGAUGGUGAGUAUAUAGGAGAAGAUGAUCAAAAUGAUCUCUCUGAGGUAGGUGGAGAAUAGGGAUUUUUAUCUAUUGAGGAUUUUUAAGAUUUUGAUGACUAUGAACAAGUUACUAAGUCUGAGGCUAUAGCGCGAAUAAAACUUAUAAAUCAUAUUUACGAGGAUAAUCAAAAUGCAGAUGAAGAAGAGUAUAAAGAGGUGGAUGAGGAGUAAUAGAAAAAGAUAAUGUUAUAGCAUAAAUAUGAAAGAAUCAACGAGUAGAUGGAGGAAAACGAAAAGAAGCGUAAAGAUCCCAAUAGAGAUUUCAUCAUUAAUGAAGGCAACCUAUUCCUCAGUGCUAUUAAGUUUAGUGUCCAAAACGAAUAUAAGAAGCCUGUAAAUGAAAUUAUGUAGUAGGAAAAAAAGAAUGAUAAGGAAGCUGAUUAGAAAGAAUUUGAGGAUAGCCAAAGGAGAAAAUAAAGUCUCAGAGAUCAUUUCCUGAUACUAGAUAGAAGUAUUCACUAGUCUCGAAGAAUUUACAUGUCAAUGCCAGGAUCUCUGCAACCCUCAAUUGUUACUACAAUCUUGAAUUACAGACCUAAAAUAAAAUAGAAGCAGAAGAAAUAUCCUAUAACGAGUUCAUCUUCAGACAGCUUUUCAGACAGUUCAUCAAGUAGCUCAAGUGAAUCUGACAUGGAUAGAUUCGAUACUGAUUCUGAUGAUUAGAAUGAUUCCUUCAAUAUUAACAGCUCAAGAGAUGAGCAACAAUUAGUUAAAGGGAUUGCACUACCCUCAAGAAGUUCAAGCAUGAGUAGCCUUGACAAUUAAAAAAACUCUUCAAGUUCUGAUUCAAAGUCAUCUAGUCAAAGUAGCGGGAGAGAUGGAUAUGCCAAAUACUUUAGAAUAAAAGAAUAAUUUAAUUUUGAACCAUUGUAUCUUGAUGAGUAGAAAUUAGGAUAUUCAAAGCAUAAGCAUGAAGUUUCAUUGAGCUCGUACAAAAGGAAAAAGGAUGAUUUAAAUAGGAUGUUUAAAAAGAGUCAUCCAUAGAUCAGCAAAAACCUAACUCUCAGUAAAAUAAUGAGUCUAAAGCAUAGGCUUAUCUCAGUAUUUUUACUGAAAGAUGAUCCACUUUAAUCAUAAAAAAAGAAGGGAUUUCGUAAGGAUAGAUCAAAUCUAAAUGCAGAGGUAUAUUCACUAGCAGUAGGGUGGGUCUUAUUUGAAAAGCUCAUAUAUAAAGGAUUAGUAAAAAAGAGCAAUAGAAGAAUAAUAGCUGCAAUGUGUUUAUUUAUUUCAGUCAAGAACAACUAGGUCUAUGGAGGCUAUGAAAAUAAUGAGAAAUUUUUUUCUCAGUUUAAGCAAGAUCUCAAUGUGUUUUUAGGAGAUAAGCAAAGCUUAAUGAUCAAAAGAUAUGAGCUAAAGAGGUAGGAAUAUCGUAGAGUCAUCAGUCUAUUCGGUAAGAGAAAGCAUCAUCAUCACAAGCACAGAAGAAGAUUCUAAAAUGCCCAAAAUAUUAUUAACUAAAGAAAAACAUUUGGAGCUUCUCUUGCGCUAACUUCUAGUGCUCCAAUCUAUCCGCCAGGGUAUAAAGUUGCCUAGAAAAGAACAUCUGUAGAUAGUUCUGAUGAUAAGUUUUCAGUUACAAAAAAUAACUCAAACAAAAAAUAGUUAGCAUUUAACAGAGCAAAUACUAUUUUAGGCUAGACAAAGAGCGCUCCUAGUAAUUUAAGUCUGUCGAAAAAUUUUCAUACUGAAGCCUGA